CCGCUCUCGCGAGAGCGGGGCCGCGCGGGGCUGGGUGUCCGCGGCGCCGCCCCGCGCUGCCGCCAUUGUGUGCGGGGCGAGGCAGGCGGCUAGGAGCGGCCGCGGCGCUGCUCGGCCCCUGCGCUGCCGGUUGGCCGCCCGUGGGGACCGCACCCGCGGAGGUCUCGCCGACAGCGGUGCGUCAGACCGUACGGAAACCUGCGGACAGAAAAGCUCAAGCCCUAGGCAAAGUGUCACCGUGUUGGGCCAACAAAGAAAACCUGAAUUUAUCCUCUGGGAGUGAGGCAUGUGCUUCUUUGUGACUGAGGGUGCAAGAAUGCUUUGAGCUGUCCCUGCUUCUAAAAGAAAAAAAUAAGUGGUAUAUCUUCUACAGCAUAAAAAGAAUGGAGUCAAAACCCUCAAGAAUCCCUCGAAGGAUAUCUGUUCAGGCCUCCAGCUCUUCAGUAGGAUCCAGAACAUCGUCUGGAAACAGCUUGGUUGGUGGAUAUAGUGCAAGAGAAUCUUCACGGAGAUUAGAAUCUGGAUACCAGGAAUCCAGUGUAUUGAACAGUUCCAGUAGAGACUGGGGCAUUGGAGAAAGAAUCACCCAUGAAACUCCUUGGAAGCUUGCAACGUCCUCUCCAACUCACUACUCAGGGACACUUGAUCAUCCACAUUCUGGAAGAUUUUUGGGAAGCCGAAGCAGAUUGUCUACGUCUUCCUCUCAUUUUACAUCUGGGUGUUACGUUGAGUCUGAGAGAACUCAGGGAGCAUACUCAAGACUACAUAGCCAGCAGCGAGACAGUGAUUCAAAGAGACCCAAGCUCUCUUGUACAUCUACCUCUUCUGUGAGAAAUAGCGGCUUGGCUGCCUUUUCAGAUUCCUCUUGGAGGUACAGUAGGAUUCCUAGAUCUUCAUCAGUGACACUUGGCUCUCUGGGAAGCGAACUGGUGAGAGAGCGAAGAGAGUUAGAGAGAAGAACAGAUCUGUCUGUUAAUGACCUGGUGGAUCACAGCUACAGAAACAGUGACUUUUCAUCUUCAACAUAUCUUCCGGAGAGGCCUGUCUCUUCAUAUGCAGAGGGAGCAAGACCGAAAGAGAGCUCAUUAAGCACUUUGAGGCUGAACACAUCCAUGAACCGUCAGUUGCCUUCUGAUGACCAGCCAUCCUUUUUCAACAGAGACUCUACCAUGAGCUCUUCAAGAUCCAGUUAUUCUUCAAGACAAAGGAGAAAUGAAUUGGAAUCUCCCCAGAGGAGCAUGCAGCCAGCAUUUUCUCUUACUGCCAUUAGAGAUGGAACUCCUUCCUCAAGUGGUUCUGAAAGGGUUUUAUCUUCCCAGAGGCCAUCGAAUGAGCCUGCAGCUGACAGCGAAGGGAGGCGCACAACCAGACAGCUUCUGUCUCGUUUGGCAUCCAGUAUGUCAUCCACGUUUUUCUCUCGAAGGUCUAGUCAAGACUCGUUGCAUACAAGAUCGUUAGGCUCUGAAGAGUCAACAGUGGUCCCAAGAGUUCAAGCUUCUACUCUGUCAAGCAGUAAUGGAGCUGCAACUCCAGAAGUUCCAGGACUUCAGGCACCUGAAGCUUCUCAGGGAUUUAGUUUUCUUAGACGAAGAUGGGGUUUAUCAGGAGUUUCACAAAACCAUAAUUCUGAUUCAGACGGGGAAAGUUACAGACCGGACUCUGAAGGUAGGAGCACAGGAUCCUGGUUGUCAUCAUCUUUGAGGAACAGAUGUACGCCUCUCUUUUCCAGAAGAAGAAGAGAAGGAAGAGAUGAAUCUGCAAGGAUCACUACCUCUGAUACAAGUGCUAGAUCUCAACAUAUCUUCAGAAGAAGAGAGUCAGGUGAGGAGUCAUCUCUUGAAGCACCAGGGAGCCCUCCUCGGGCUUCUGUUAGCAGACCACCAACACCUGCAGUACCUGAUAUUCCUACAGCUACUGCCUCCCCACCAGAUUCAGCCCACAGUAGGAGAAGUUCUAGAAUUCUGCCUGGUUCUCUCUUUCGCUUUGCAGUGCCUCCAACAUUAGGAAGCAGUCUGUCUGACAAUCUUAUGAUAACUGUAGAUAUUAUUCCCUCUGGCUGGAAUCAGUCUGAUGGACAAGAAAGUGGCAAGUCUAAAAUACCACCUUCAAGAGAUCCAGAAAGACUCCAGAAAAUUAAAGAGAGCCUGCUUUUAGAAGAUUCUGAUGAUGAAGAGGGUGACUUGUGCAGAAUCUGUCAGCUGUCCUCUGCGAGUUCUGACAACCUCCUCAUAGCGCCGUGCAAGUGCACUGGAAGCCUGCAGUAUGUUCACCAGGAGUGCAUGAAAAAAUGGCUGCAGUCCAAGAUCAAUUCAGGUUCUUCCCUGGAAGCAGUAACAACAUGUGAACUGUGCAAGGAGAAGCUGCAUCUCAACCUGGAAGACUUUGAUGUUCAUGAGCUCUAUAGGGCGCAUGCAAACGAACAAGCGGACUAUGAAUUCAUCAGCUCUGGUCUCUACCUUGUAGUGUUGUUACACUUGUGCGAGCAGCGCUUUUCUGAUAUGCUAGGAACGGCAAGUGAGGCUGGCACCCGUGUCAGUUUUAUUAACCUUGCAAGAUCUCUUCAGGCACAUGUGGAAGAUAUUGAAACCUCUGAGGACGACUCAGAAGAAUGAUGCUGGUAGAACUUCCCAUGCUGCAGGAGAAACAUGGAAUUGCUGCAGAAACACUGAACUGGCAAGAACAGCAUCAACGUGCAUUUGUUUUUUUCCUCUCCUUAGUAAAAAGCGCAUUGAAUAUUACUGUAGUUUUUGA